AUGGCGAACGAGCGCGAGAGCAAGACUUUCCUCGCCAGGCUUUGCGAACAGGCUGAGCGCUACGAUGAGAUGGUCACGUACAUGAAGGAAGUUGCCAAGAUUGGCGGUGAGCUCACUGUUGACGAGCGCAACCUCCUGUCCGUCGCCUACAAGAACGUCGUCGGCACACGACGUGCCUCGUGGCGCAUCAUCUCCUCGAUCGAGCAGAAGGAGGAGUCCAAGGGCUCUGAGAAGCACGUUGGCACCAUCCGCGACUACCGCCAGAAGAUUGAGACGGAGCUCGAGCAGGUCUGCCAGGAUGUCCUGAAUGUCCUCGACGAGUCUCUUAUUCCCAAGGCCGAGUCUGGCGAGUCCAAGGUCUUCUACCACAAGAUGAAGGGUGACUACCACCGUUACCUCGCCGAGUUCGCGUCGGGCGAGAAGCGCAAGGUCGCUGCAACCGCCGCACACGAGGCUUACAAGACGGCCACGGACGUUGCUCAGACUGAGCUCACUCCCACUCACCCCAUCCGUCUGGGUCUGGCGCUCAACUUCUCGGUCUUCUACUACGAGAUCCUGAACUCGCCCGACCGUGCUUGCCACCUUGCCAAGCAGGCUUUCGACGAUGCCAUUGCUGAGCUCGACUCCUUGUCCGAGGAGUCCUACCGCGACAGCACCCUCAUCAUGCAGCUUCUCCGUGACAACCUCACCCUCUGGACAUCGUCGGAUGGCAAUGAGGCUGAGGCUGCUGACUCUUCCGCCCCCAAGGAGGAGAAGGCCGCUGACGCCGAGGCCGCCGCUCCUGCCGAGCAGAAGAGCGAGGAGGCACCAGCUGCCGCCCCUGCUGCCGCCUAA